AUGAAUUUAUAUGAAAUUCUUGGUGUAUCAUCAAAUUGUUCAUCGGAUAUUCUUCGACAAGUAUAUCAUCGUCUUUUACUUGAAUAUCAUCCAGAUAAAACAAAUUCAAAUGAUUUAAUAAAUCGAAAACGUUUUGAAGAUAUUCAAUAUUCUUAUAAAAUUCUUUCAAAUGUUGAACUUCGAUUAAAAUAUGAUCAAGAACAAGAACGUCAUCAUUUACAUACUCUUCCACAUACAAAUAUUGAUUCGAACGAUUUUAAUGAUGAUGAUGAAUAUAUUUGUCGAUGUGGAACUAUUUUACAAAUUGAUAAUGAAAUUGAUUUUGAUAUUAUUGAAUGUCCAAAUUGUUCAAUGAAAAUUCAACUAAAAAAAUAA